AUGGUCAAGCUCGAAGAGGUCAUGGAUGAGGAGUUUGUGCGCGAGCAGGAAGGCCCGCAUGACGAAGAUGAGUGGGACACCGACUCUGAGUCAGACACAUCCUCCAUUCACUCCGUAACACCAGACGAGACCCUCUACGACCGCAUCAUCGCUCUACAAGACAUGAUCCCCGCCAGCACACGCCGAUCCGUCUCCUCAAAAGCCAACACAAUCACUUCAUGGUUCAAGAGCGGUCUGAACAUGGGCGGCAAGACUCUAUGGGUAGUGAGCACAAGUGCGCUGCUGCUCGGUGUGCCAUGGGCAUUGGCGUACAGCGAGGAGCAGAUGAUUGUCGAGCAGGAGAGGGCUGAGUUGCAGGCACAGAGGGCGCAAAACGAGUUCAUGGCUCCCGGAGCGCCCGUACCUGGACAGCCAACAGGCGCAAAGCCUGCUUUGUAG